UAGAUAUGGGAGCUGAUAUGGAGCAGUCGGUGCCCGACGCGCUCGACGUGCAGGAGUUCACGUCCGUCCAUACGGCUACCCUGCCCAAUGGUCUGCGCGUCGAGUAUGCGUUGCAUGGGCACGACGAAGCGCCGCAGAAAGUUGUGCUUGUGAUGGGUCUCGCCGCCGAGAAGGAAGCCUGGACUUCUUUCGUUACGGCGUUUUUCUGCGUGCCGAACACCCUCAACACGUUCCAACUUGCGACCGUCGACAAUCGCGGCGUUGGAGGGACAGAUGCACCCAAGGGGCGGUACUCGACCUCGUCCAUGGCCCAGGACGUGCUGCUACUCAUGGACCAUUUGCAGUGGAAUACGUUUCACAUUGCCGGCGUCAGCAUGGGCGGCAUGAUCUCCCAGGAAGUUGCGUACGCAGCUCCAACACGCGUGCGGUCGCUUACGCUGAUGGUGUCGACGCCUGGGUUUACAGAGGCGCCGUGGCCACGAUGGACGCAAAUCUCCGCAUACCUCUCCUUGAUCGGCAACUUUUUCAACCCGACGCUACACGCACGAACGCAAACGAUGCUAAAGGUGCUGUACCCAGACGAGUACCUGGAGAACGUGGCGGUCGGGUCUGCUUUGUACACGGUUCAUUCCACGCGGAUCAAGACAUCGCGCGUUCGAACCCGCGGUCUAAUUGGACAGUACUCCGCUGUGCUCAGUCAUCGUAUGCCCCGCUCCCGCCUCGCCAAGAUCAAGGACGCCGAAAUCCCCGUGCUGAUCAUUGGUGGCGGAAAGGACCGUUUGUUGCCGUCGUCACACUCAGAAGCGCUGAGAUGUCAUCUUGAUUCGCCUCACACCACGAUUGUUGUAAUUCAGGGAGGCGGCCAUGGCAUCUUUACGCAGUUUCGAACAGACGUCACCAAUGCCUUCGUCCAGCACAUGACUCGCAGCGAUCGGUCCAUGCUAUUCUCCAAGUACUAAGGUCGCUCGUGCUGCAUGUUGCGGUCUUGAACAGCGACGAGCAGCUUGUCAAGCCCAUCCUUGCGCUACCUCCAUGUUGUCCAAGGGCAGUGACAGCGCUCGCGACGAUCUUCCUCCGUGUUGAGGUAUGGUACCAUGGACACGGCAUGCUCAUGCUGUUUACCUGCGAUCGCAGCGCCGUGGGGGUGCUCUAGACGAGGGCGGCGUUUGUUGGCUGCCUCGUCGUCAGCAUACUCGAACGCCGCUUCCUCUCCACACGUCGCGCGGCGGCGCACUUGCCUGGGAAUGGAUGUUGAAGUGGUGCGGCGACAAUAAAAUCCACAUAAUUCCAACUCUACUUGAUA